AUGGCCAUAGAGUCGGCGCAAGCCUCCUCGUCCACCGUAACUCUCCCAGCUGAUCAUGACGUACAGAUUGCAUUCCUCCGCUCGAUCGCGCUCCAUCGACCUAUUGGUCCACACAAGCAUUUCAAGAUGCUUCCGAUCAUCAUGGACACCCAGAAAGCGCUCGAUGCGCGAUAUCAGCGACUAACAACGCGACUCGAAAAGCUCAGCUCCGCAGCACCAUCCAGCAUUGCUAGCGACAAGAAAGCCAAACCACCACCAUCCAGCAGCACUGCAAGCAGCAACUCGCGUGUCCGGCGUGGAGCUGCAGCCACUCUCACCCACUCGCGCAAGGAAUCACGCUCACGCUCAGCGAGCGUUGCCAGCUCAGGUCCUGUGCAAGAGGACGGUGACCAUUCCGAAGACGAUGCAGAACAAAAGGAGCACGAGGAGCGCCAACGUGACCAAGAGACCGAAGAAACGCGUCUCGCCAUCGCUCAGCUUGGACUUGACCGUACUGUGACCGCCGAAAUGAUCUGGAACGAGCUUCAAAACCUCUUUGAUCUUGAGGCACUGGAUGAAAUGGAGGAAAGCGCCAUUUUCGACUCUUCCAGCCAAGCAGGAACCAGCACAGAUACUGGCGACUUGAGCAGCUCUGACACUACACCAAGCUCUUCGCCCCACAGCGCCGAACGCAAGCUCGACGCCAUCGGUCUAAACACUGGCAACUCAAAUUCGCUCUCCGCCGACGUACUUUCGAGAUGCGUCUUUGAACAUCCUGGCUCGCCCGACUUUCACUUGAGUCGGGAGCGCAAACCAAAAUCCAACCAAAACUCUCAGAACUGGAUCUAUGGCGAUGAUAUCCGCGGCACGGGUGAUGGCAUGUCGAAAAGAGACUUUUAUCUGUGGCCUUGGGAAGAUUUUGAGCCUUUGAUUGCUCAACGCCGCAUCGCAAAGAGCCAAGAUGAGGAAGGUCCAUCUUCAACCAGUCACGCGCGCUCUGUUGCUCCAGAAGCUUCGACACCAGACGAAAAGAUCAAACGUUCGGCCACCAGUGAUGACACCAAAUCCGAGCCACACGACGACGACGAGGGUAGCGAUGACGAACGACAGGAGGAAGAUCUUUCGGAGCCCGAAUCGGACGCAGACGUCUCCAAGGACUCUACGCACAAACGACGCUCAAAUCGUCGGGGCCAAGAUGCGAUCGAACCCAGAACCAAAAUCAAACGUGGCGAGGCGCGCGGCACGGCAGAAGCACUGAGCGACGCCGAGCAAACUAGCAAACACGCCGAGGACGAUGCCGAUUCCGUUGGGGAGAAUGGGCGCAGCGAACGCGUACCCAAGCGUAGGGGCAGUCGUCACGCUCCUACCGCUCUCAGCCGCACGUCGCGCCAGACACCAGCCAGCCGAAAGAGCACUUCUGGCAACGUGACGCCAACUCAAUCUACUCGCCGCGGCCGUCGAACAGACGACGACGACGAUGACGACGACGUGGCAGCAUCGGAAGACGACACAGAGACCGCAGACGACGAGAAAGUGGAAGCCAGUGAUAAUGCGGAAAGGCAGGCACAGGUGCAAGAGGCUGCCGAAAGCGAAGCCGAAAGUGCCACACAUCGGCGAUCAGGUAAAGCACAUCCAUCCGCGAGUAAGUCGUCAAAGAAAAGAGGCGCGCUCUCGAGCGACGAAGAAGAUGCAGAAGCGCGGCCGUCUGUGCGACGCCGUAGUAGUCGCAGAGCGUCCAAGUCGGACGACAUGGAACUGGCCGGUGAGAAUGGGGAAGAAGAGAUGGCAGAUACGGAAGAAGAUCAAAGUUAUGCUGGGAGCCACGCCGAUGCAGAGAGCAGCUCUGAGCGUGAUGAUGCGCAGCAAGAGGGCGACGAGCAGCAAGAUGACUCUGACAACGAGGAGCAAGCCGAUGAAGAAGCGGGAGGUGCCUCAGACGAAGCGUCGAAUGAUGAAGGAGGAUCCGACGAUCAAGAGAAUGAUGAGGGUGCUAGCGACAGUGAUUCGACGCCUGGUCGUCGCAGUCAGAGAUCGAGCAAAGGCGCUACCAGCCGUUCUGGUCGGCGCGGUACAGGCGCAGAACCGUCGAGCCGUUCUACGCGUGCUUCGGUCGUCUCUCGCUCGAGUGCCGCCAAGGAACCGGCGCCUUCGACUCCAGCCAAGCAGACGCGUUCCAGUCGAUCGUCGGCAACGCCGGCUGGCUCAUCUUCGAGGAGAGGAAGCAGCGACAAGCAGCUCUCAGCAUCCACGCCUACCCCUCGAACGCCCGCCUCGGCUCGAGCUGCAACAAGGAGCUCGGCAUCUGCAGACACUCGUACCACUCGACGUACGCCUCGUCGCUAG